AUGGCGGUGAUGAUAAUGAUGAGGAGGAGGAAGAGAAUUAAGGUAAUGAUGAUGAAAAGGAUGAAGGUGGUGAUGAUGGUAAAACCACUGUUGAGGAUGAGGAAGAGAAUGCAAAGGCGAAAAAGCCGGUAAAGAAGGUUAAGAAGGAUGGAAUAGAUAUUGCACCCAGUGCGAGACACGUUCCCGCUACUCAUUUGAUGUUGCCUCCUCUUCGAGCUGGUAAACUUAGAGGAGAACCUAGAGAUGGGGGCAAAGUUCUAUUUGGAUAUCCUGGAUCGUGGGCUCAUUGCAUUAGUGAGAAAAUCGAUCAUAAGGAUGCCGCACGUAUUUUCCGGCACCAAUAUUCUUUCAAGAAAAUGGAGUUGUGGCCGCUAGAAGGUGAAUGUGUAAGAGUUAGAGAUUUGGUUGAAAACUCAGGUUUGUACAAUGCCGUUCUGAACUCUGUGAUUGCGUAUGACAAGGUCGCAGUAUCUAGUUUAUGUGAAAGGUAUCACGCUGAAGUCGGCACAUUCCAACUUCCUUUUGGUGAGAUGGCGAUAACUCCUGAUGACGCAGAACAAAUAUUAGGGAUGCAGGUCGAAGGAAAAUCAACCGGUGAGAAGUUCAAGAGAAGGCCUAGUUGGGAAGACAUUUAUACAUGGACCAAGAACUUGUUUGGCUGGGAUUCCGAGAAGACUAAUGGGCUUUUCGAUAAGGGACCUAAGUACCCGAAGAAAGAGUUCAAACUUGUAUAUAUUAGGAACAUGUUUUAUGGGACAGAAAAGAAGGAAAAAGAAGUAGGUCUCUCUGAUAUGGAAUGUCGCUAUGCGGCGGCUGGGUAUUUGUUGUAUGUCCUUGCGUCGGUUAUAUUUCCUGACAGCAAAGGUAACCGGGUGAGCGUCAACCUUCUUCAGCUUUUGGAUCCCUUGGAAGAUGUGAGCAAGUACUCUUUGGGGACUGCCAUAAUUGCACACCUGAAUGGUCAGCUUUCUCAGGGAUCUCGCAAACUAACUUCUCAAAUUAAUGGGAAUUUGGCUCUAAUACAGGUGUGGAUUUAUGAUUAUUUCCCAUCACUGAUCAAAGAUAAUGAAGAUGUGGAACUCAACCCAAAAUGGAGCAAAGGUAGUCCAACGGGAACCAAAUACUUGUUCACUGGUUAUCAAGAUAGGGAACAAACUGAUGCGUUGAUAUAAAUGCGUCAAAAACUUGACAACAUCACGGCUAAAGAGGUAGUCUUCAAUCCGUACAAGAAUAAUAGAGUUGGCGCAACGGAAGAUGUCGUGUAUUACCAUGGCCCUUUGUUUCACCCUAACGGUUUUUCAAUGUACAAUCCGAUAAGAAUCAUGCGUCAACUUGGUUUUAUUCUAGAUUCACCCGAUGAGGAUUAUGUACCUCUGUUCAAGCACAAGUUGGAAAAGUGUGAGGCUGACGAAGCGGGUAUAAAGGUGGCUUAUGAACCUGAAGUUGAUGUCAAGCAUUGGAAUGAUAGACACUCUAGGCUUGUAGACAUCUCAUGGUGGGUGCAUGCGGAUGAAGGUCAUGAGGCAUCACUGGAUUACGUCGAAUGGUAUGAAGGCUUCUCCCAUGGUAGGGUGAUAUGGGUAGAUCCGACUCCGGGUAGGAGGACCAACAGAGCAUCCACCUCUUCUUCUUCUCGAGUCGACAGUAGAGAUGCUACUUCAAUUCUGACACUAGUGAGGGAGCGAAUGAAGCUUCUUGUCAAGUUUUUUUGUUGCUCGACUGACAAAUGGGAAGUGAUGGAUCCUGCGAAGCAACGUCAGUACGCUGAUUACUGCACGCACAUUGAAAAUCCCAAUGCAAAGAAGAUGUUCAAGGAGCUGGCUAAGGAAGGUAAGAGGAGCCGAAAAUCACGUAGCCAAAGAGCACAAGAAGUUGCUGAGCAUGGCCAAAGUAGCCAACAUCAUGAUGAACAUCCCUUAGAGGUACAAGAAAUUACUAGAGAAGAUGCUGGUUCCCCAGAAGGUGCUCCUCCUAAGAAAAGCCGGAGAGUUAGCAGGUCAGGGAGGCAGUAAGGUGGUGGUCGAGGUCGAUAUGGUCGACUUCAACUUAUGUUAAUUUUACUUUAUGAAUUGAACUUAAGU